AUGAUGACAGGAGAUGGACGCAAGUCUCCUGUCCACGUCCAUGUGGACAGAGAGACUCCCGUACAUGUACACCUCAAGAAGAAGAAAAAAGGAAAACCUGGGGUCCCAACAGCAGUUGAGGUAAAGUGAGUCUUCAUUCAGUUGAGCCUUCUUGUGUGAAUUUUCUUGUUUAAGUGUCCAUCUCUUGAGAGUCACCACAAUGGUAGAACAGAGCAAUAUGCUGUGUACGGGGACUCGUACAGUACAUUUUAAAAGUUAAAGACAGAGAAUGGUAAAAGAAGCAAAAGCUGCCUUGAUAAUCAGAACAAUGGCUCUGUCGUGGUCUAAAUUUUUCAAAUCAGUUUAGUCUUUGAACAAACCUUUUGAUUAUAGAUCAAGGGGAUAAAUGUCUGUAUUUGAGCACAUGUGUACCUACCCCUCCCCUAACUUAAUCUUAUCCCUAACUUGUUAUCAGUUGACUGUUGAUGGGUAAGGAGAGGAGUAAGUGCACAGUUUUGCUGAUACUGUCAUUGAACUUAUCCUGGUAAAUGUGUAUUAACCCUUUAACUCCCAGACCUGAUUAGCAUCUAACUUCUCCCCAUAACAUUCAUACAUUGUCCAACAAACAGGUAAUGAGAAUAACAAACUUAUCAAGUUGAAGUUGUUGUCUUGAUCCAACACCAAAUUCCUGUAACUAAUUAACAAGAAAAUGUGUACCAGCAAGAGGGGAGAAUUAACAAUCAGAUCUUGGGAGUUAAAGGGUUAAAACUGCUUUUAUUUUACUUUUUACUUUUACUUACCAACAUUUGCAUAAUUAUUAGAAUGUGAAUGUAAUUGUCAACCUUUCAUAUUUAUGUUUUAAAGUGAAUGUUGCCUUUUAAUUUUUUACUGAAGCCACCAUGUCAUUUGCAAGAUUUACAGCAUAAGUAUAGUAUGCAAGUGCAAUUUUCCUACUCAGUGGCAGUCAUCACUGCUGAAGCUUCUUAUUUGUUAAGUUUGUUUGGUACUUAAUUCUUUUAGCAAAGGCUGCGAACGAAAAGACAAAGUGGUUUGACAAGAUCUACUGUGAGUAAAAACACUUUCUGAUUCAUGUUGUGGUCACAAUUUUUCCUGGUUUUAAAAUUUUCAAAGAAGUUUUACUUAAAGAAAGAUGUUUUCCAUCUUGUUAUGACCUGUGGCAGACAGCGAGAAAAAUUAGCAAUUAAGUUUUCGGAGUGAAAGGGUUAACUCAGUUUGAGUUAACUUUGCUUUGCUUUGUAUUUACCAUCACAAUUUGAAACAGGGUGACAUAAAUCUCACCUAAAUGUAACUUGAAAAAUGUUUUCCCUGAAAAAAUUUGAGUCAUAAUGUAUUGGAAGAAAGAUGUUUAAUUUAGGUCUAAAAAGACUCGCUAUGACUGGAAUUACCACAAAGAUAAAUGGCAAACUCAUUUAUCACAACUACUUGUGCUACUGUUUUCUUGACGAGGAUUCAAACAAAUGCAACUUUAAGAUGAUCCAGAUACCAUUAACCUGAUUAGAAUUUUUUCCAUAUAUAUCCCAGGGUCAGAGAAAAGCCAUCAAAUCAUCUUCUCCACCUUUUGUGCCUCCUCCAGGGAAGACGUCAAAGAGAACAUUUGCAUGGGAGGUUGGGCAUUACAUGUAGAAACUACUUUUUAGCAAUGCUUUGCGAGUGAGAGCUGAUAAAUAGAGCUAAAACAUCAAGAAGUUUAAUGAUUCAAGCAGAUAUUCAAUGGUGGCAUGAGCCCUAAAGCAGAUUACAAUAGAGAUAUCAAAUAUUUUGAAUGGAGAUAUUUUGAAUAAUUUGAAAUAAGGAACCUUCAGUUUCAUUUUGUAAGUUUGCCUUUGACACCUGUUCAUUUAGGGUCCUUCACAUCGCUUAGAAGUCAGCCCUCCCCAUGGAGGUGGAACACUGAGAAUGGAGGAUCUUUCUACUUCUGAGGUAUUUUCUUUUUUUCCCUUCCCCCCUCUUUUCUUUUCCUCCUUUUCUCCUUUUCCUUCCAACCUUCAUGCUUGCUGCAUGUUUACCCAUCCAUCCAGUAUUUGUGAAUUUGUUCGUUAGGUAGGCAAAAAUUUUACAACCCACCCCCCUUACUUUAUCUCAUGCCGUAGCUAUCCGUGAUUUGUAGUACCUUCUACUUACCUAUCUGAAAUAAUGUACCCAGCCCCACCAGCAAUCUUGACAAACAAACACCUCACACAAGGAAAUACUGUCAGCACAGUUGUAUGAAUUUAAAAACUGAAUUUAUUGAAAAGUGCAGUCUAGAAAAUAUAUGAUAGAAAAGUGAAGAAAAUAUACAUUGUUUGAGGAACAACUGAAACUUACUAGUGGAAAACAUUAUGUUGCAAUCAAAUGAUGAUUUAUUUUUAAAAUAGGAAGAUGAAGUACAUGGAAAGAUAAGAUCAUAUGAGAAAAAGAUUGGCAGUUUGAUGUCAGAAGUUGGAAGUCUGAAAACCGAGGUAUUUCUUGCAGCAAAGGACAUGUCAUGUACUUAUUGUUAGUUGUGAUUGGAAUGAAUCUCUGUUUCAAUAAUUUUUGUUCUGUUUUGUAGAGGGAAAUGCAAAGAGCUAGACAAGCUGUAGAGAAGAAAGAUGAACAACUUGAUGCCUCUAGAAGAAUUCUUGAAGCACAGGAAGAUGAGCUCUUUGUAAGCUUGAUCAAAUUUUCUUUACACAACAAACAGCUGUAUAAAUAAGUUUCCACACACCAUUUCCCUGUUUUACUGAUUUUAAAAUUAAAUGCGCCUUAUUUUUUUUCCAGGGUUAUAAGCAGGAGCUAAAAGCAACUGUGAAGGAAAAUGAAGCUCUGCGUCAUUCAAUAGAGAAAUGGAAGGAAGAUGCUAAUGUGACAAGGUAAAUGAUCUGUACAGCAGUAUGCCUCUUAAAAGUGAUUGGUAUACAUGUAUGUACCUAAGAGGUAUUGUUGAUCAUUUAGACUGAUUGUACUCGUUAAAGUAAAACUGUAGUCUUAAAAGUAUUUUUUUUUAACAGCUGAGUUGAUAAAGUGAAUUUUCCACUGCAAAGAGUUUCUAAAGCUGACAUUUUUGAGGGAGGGGAGCAUUUGCCCUUUGUCAGAGCUGGGAGAGGAAUUGUAGUUUGUGUGUGGUCUAUAUACAAAUAGAGUUCCAACAACUCAAAUUUGUUAUGCAUUCCCAAUGCUAUGCAGGUCAGAGGUGGGAAAGUUAGCUGGAGAAAGAGCAGCUGUGUUGAAGAAACUAGUAGAAGUGGAAAUGGAUGGAAAAGCCGCUGGAGAACAGCUAAUUAAACUUAGAGACACUAUCAGGAAGCUGAAGGAGGUACAUUAAUUUUGUAAAAUUUCAUUUUAACUAGUAACUUAGUUUUACUCUACAAAGCUAUAGCAUAGUUUGAGGGGGAGAUCCUAGCCACAGGGUUGUAUGUACCCAUCACGUUUUUUCAUGAAAAGCGUUAUUAUUAACAAGUUGUCAACCUAGUAUCCUCCCCCCCCCACCCCCAAAUUCUGGUAACUGGCCUCCUUCCCCCUACCCUUACCCUUUACUGAAAAAUUUCGCCAAGACCGACCGGUUUAAAUAAGGAAUGUUAAAGCUAAAAAGAGAAUCUCCAUGCAAAAGGGAAAAACAAAACAAGGGAUGGAAGUCAAGUUAUUUUACACUAAUUGUUGUACUUUAGGAUCUUUGAUUGAGCAGUCUUUUAGAUAUUUCGAUUGAACAAUUUCCCAGGACAAACGAAUGUCUGCUGCGGACACGACGUUACUGACCAGACAAAGAGAGAUGUUGUUACAAAAGUUGGACGAGUUUGAAAGGACUAAUAAAGCAUUGCGGAGGCUGCUUAGAGAACAACAAGCCACAGAGGUGUGCACUAAAUGUUUUUUCUUAUUACUACAAAAUAGCUUGCCUUGUAAUGUGAACACACGGGAGCAUUUUAAAGCAUUUGGUUAGCGACACUACUAGCGUUUUGGUUUCGAUACCAGGAGCAAAAGUCGCCUUCAAACUUAAGUUUGUUGGAACAAUCAUAUUAAUUUCACAGAAAAAAAGUUCAAUACUAACAAAAAAUUUAUACUGUUUGAUUUUCAGUUGCUUUUCGUACUUUGGUGUUUGAGGAAACUCGUCAAUCGCUAUUGCUAAAUUUCGUAAUCAACUUAAUAGGCAUCACCUCGAAGUAGGAACGAGUUUCUUCGUUGGUUUAAAGAGAAAAGAAAAUAAGAAGUCGGAAAAAUUGUUAUAUUGGAUAAACUUCGAUCCUAAGAAAUAAGAGUCAACGCCCCUGUUACUGGUCGUUUUUGUUCACUACUCGCCAAAUACUUUUGUUCUAUGAUAAAACUAGUGUUGUGUAUGUUUUAUUUUCUGGCUGUUAAGGAAGAACACGAUCACCUAAGAAAACAACAGGAAGUUUUGCUGAAGAGACUCACACAGUCCGACACAACGAACGAGGUAAAAAGAAUGUUAUGCAGCUUUACUUUACAUGACAAACUUUAUUAUUACAGUAAAAUUAUCUUAAUUUGUCCUCUCGUGGCGCUCGACCAAAGAAAGGAGAUUUGCCAUACAAACAUCUCAAAAUGUUUCCCGAUCUCUUAGAAAGAUCAACUAUGAUUUUUUAAUUACCAUUUUUGUUUUCCAGUCGAGACUCAGUCACUGUGUUUAGAUUUUAAAAACCUAACCGGUUUGUUGAUUUCGUCCUGUUUUUUUUCCAAGCGAUUGCAAGUCGAGUUAACAGAAAGAGACAGACAGAUAGAAACUUUAUUAGCUCAAGUUGAAGCCGAUAAGGUUGGUGUUAUUUGUGUUGCUUUCAAUCCAGAUUAUUUUAUACAACCUUUUUCCCAUAAUAUGGUGUUUAAUGACAACCUUUAAAAACUCUUUUUUCGAAUUCUUCCAACUUAGGAAAGGGCUACACUGUCACUUGAGCUCCUUGAAAAAUUUAGUAACAUAUACCUCUUUUUCUCUGCUAACCAUUUGCAAUCCAUGUCAAUGUGCUUCAUUCGCCACCAUCCCUGAUAACUUUCAGUUUAUCCGUACUUCCUCUGUUUGUUUACCCAGAGAAAAUAAUUAUGAUAUUAUAGAAUUCCUUGCAAUUAAUGACAAUUUUCAAGAACCUCCAAAAACAGCUCCUUGAAAAUAGUCGUUUCGGUUUCGUGUGGUUCUUAGACGUACUAACUUCUUUGUGAUUUCAGGACCAAGCGGUCGCAUUUGAAGAAUUAAAAAAGACCAUGGAAACAACGCGGGCUCAUCUUCAAAACCAGUUGCGCUCCAAGGAAAUGGAGUGUGGUCGACUGUCAGUGCAGAUAAGAGUAAGGAGACUGUAAUUCUUGAUAUUCCUCUUCAUUCAAGAGGUGGAUUUUUUUGUCCUGAGUAUAACUGAAAUGAGCCCACUAGGCCAAAAGAUUCUUGGUAGUUAUAGUUAUUUCUAGGUAAAGGUGAGGAAUUUUGAGAAAAGUCAUUUAAAUGAAGUUUUCUCCUGAAUCUAGAGCCUUGAGGAUCAGUAUGAACAAGGACGAAUCGAAUUAGAACACAUGCAAGGAUUGAUCGCCGCGCACAGGGUAUGGCGUUCGUAAUUCACGAUCUCUUGCAAUGUUUUAAAUGAAAGGAAUAGUAAAGUUUGCUAUCUUUGUUUGUUUGUUUUUGUUGUAAAAGCAGAAGGAUUAGAUCUAACGCAAAUCGAGUGCAUUUGCUACUCACGCUAUUUCGAGGAAGCAUUAUACUUUUUACUUGUCACUCGUCACCAAACUUUUAAGAGUUCGUUCAUCCUUAAUGACCCCAACUAUUGGUCAUUUUUUUUUCAGGACAAGAAUAGCAGAGAAAAAGAAGCUCUCAAAAAGGCGGCAAGGUAACAUUCCAUAAAUAGUUGACCUGCAGAAAAAUAUUUUCCAAAAGGCAUUGGUAAGUAAUGCGAAGGACGAAUCUUUCUUUUAGGCACAGAAAGGAAAUCUUUAAUCUCAAAAGCUGGUUCAGACCUAGCCGACUUUUUUCCCAGCCUUACCAACUUUUCUUUUUCCGUUUUCGGUAGACCAAUUUAAAUUGUUUCCUUAAUUUUUGCUCUAAAAAUAGUCGCCAAGGCCAGAAUGGAAAGUAGCACCUCAGUCUUGCCCGAAUUCAUCAUCGCCUCUGAUGGACGGGGCUCCGAGCCUCCCACAUCCUACUCCAUGAAUCCGUCAAUGAGAUGGUGAAUGUUUUGUUAAUGAGCUUAAACGUUUUUAAAUGUUUUAGAAUACAAAAAGAUCGCGUCAGUGAGAGGGACAAGGAUUUGGAAGUCCUACAGGAAAAGCUUGCCGAAAAAGUGAGUGAAGUGAACCGUAAUGAAAUAUGCGCAGCGCAACUGCUGAAAAAACAUUGCAAAUAUAUAUUGAUAUUAAGUAAUCCCUAUGAUUAAUUAUGAAUUUUUAAUUUCCAUCGUUAUCAUAAGUAUAAGUAUAAUCAUUGCGAGAUUAAUUUGUUUCUAAUUUUUCAUUUGUGCAGGAUCUCGCGCUAAGUGAAACAAAGAGAGCUGAAGCAAGUUUAAAAGAAGAAAAAAGCGACGCCGAGAUUGAAAUAAAAACACUAAAAAAGUAAGAGUAGUUUCUCCUUUUCCUUUCAUGUGGAGUAUUGAAUUAUUUCAAACGACUAACUUAUGAAACCGUUGGAUACAUCCGAAUGAUCCAUAGUGUGAAUGAUGCUUUACUCCGCUUUGUCUGUUUUUGACGGAAAAGGAAAGUUAAUAACAUAAUAGUGUUUCUGUCACUGUGUCCUUCAUCGCUAUUGUUUCUAAUUUUUUUUUUCAGUCGGUUGAAAGAGAUGCACGAGUUAGUGGAUACCACAGAAAAGGCAGCCCAGGUGAAUAAUUUACUUUAUCAGCCUCGCUCGCUGGUUUAAAGUACCCACAUUGGUUAUAUACCCCUUCCCCCUCGUGCCGAAGCGCUAAUGUUUAAGGCCUGCUCUCAGGCUACUAGAUAGUAAGUAGGAAAAUAUUGAUGUUGUCAGUCUUGUUAUCCAUUGCAGAGUAACAGCGACAGUCUCACCACUAAACUGAGCACUAGAACUCAGGAAGUGAACACCCUUAGAUUGGAGAACGAACAACUCAAGGUAGAAUCUCUGUUUUUCUUUACACCGCUCUUUAGCUUGAAAACCUGCACCUCUCUCUCAACUGGUUAAAAAAUUAUAUAAUCUCUUGUCGAGUUUUCCCGCGCCUUAGGCUAGUUUCUUGUAUUUAAUUUUCAGUCUUAUUGGUUCUUUUUGGUAUUUUUGUUUUGUUCUAAUCGGUCGGCGAUUGUGAUCACUUUCGUUUUAGUGAGAAUUAAUCAAAUUACGCUUGGAGAUGUUACAGUAUGUCCUGUAAAUCCUGAACAGUUUUGAUUUUAAUGACGAUCAGGCGUUAAUGCAUAGAUUGAUUAGUUGAAUGAGAGUCCUUAGUUAAUAAAUUGUUUGAUGUAUUCAUGCAUCAUCAGUAUCUGUGUUUACUUCAAUAGAAAAAGUCCAUCAUCCACUAUAAAAGUAUGCUCACAGCUUGCAAUACUCCAAUUAGCCAUGACAAAAGGCUUACGCUCUAAACAUCAGCUUUGCAAAAUCAAUGUAGAUGUUUACCUACCUUCAACAACUAACAGUUGAUUGUCUGCUGGCGCAAAUCAACAGUUCUUUGGUAAUCAAUAACCUCCGUAGUUUAUUUUGACUGGUUAAGAGUAACAACACAAGUUUGUUUCGUUUUGUGUCAGGCCGACAUCGCUGCAUUAGAGGAACGCCUCCACGAGGAAGAACAAAGGGCCGCUAAUAAGGUAAGAAUAAUAAGAACGAUGGAAAAUUUGAGAAUUGGCCAGUGAAAGCCCGAGGAAACACUGGCAUGGGCCUUGAGCGCGAGAAAGCGACAAAGUUUUGCUCGUUCCAGGCUACGGGUCGCUGGAAGUGAGAGGAAGAAACGGUAACGGAACGGAAAGCCCCGCCCGCCGUUUUUUGUCUACUCUUUCGCUCGUUUCCGCAGACCAUAGCCCUGGCAAAAGCUAGAAAAAGUCAGAUUGGUUGAACUCUUUCGUGUGUUUGGUUGAGAAAGUAGCGCGACUUUUCAAAGCCAAUUUGGGGUGUGUAGUGAAGUAAAACCACAUUACAUCCAAGGCAUACUUUGAUUCGACACUCCACUGAAAUUGUUCUUUACCAAUGAAGGAAGUAUAUGACCAAGUUUAAAGAAGGCAUUGAAAAUAGUGAAGCAGCUCUGUAGCUGAAUUAGCAUAUCACCCAACAAGGUCUCCGUGAACCAGAACUUAAGCACAAGGAGAGCAUUGGUCCUGAAAGUUCUCUGCAAGGAUCCUCACACCACAACCAGGCAAAAUGUAACCACUAACACUGGUUCAGUAGAAUGAGAGAGUAGCCAUGUUAGGAACAUACUGUAGUUAGAAUGAGAUAGUUGUAUUUUAGGUCAAUGAAGCAGAAUCAACGAUAAAGCAGCACAAGAGAAAAAUGGAGGACUGCAAAAUAAAGGUAUUUUCAGGUGCUCUUGUUGUUUACAGUUUUUCAACUGUUGAUUGUGGCGGCUUAGUUCUUCAACACUACUUAUGAGCCCUGUCGUCUUAAUUGGGUAAACGAUGCAUUUUGUGUGUGUGCUUUUUUUGGUGAUUUAAGAAAAUUCUUGCUCCGGAUUAUCAUUUCCUCUGAUGGAAUCUGUUGCUCUGUGUCGCACAAGUGCAGCACGUAGUCUUAGGCACAGCGAAGAGGUCACUUAUCAACUUGAAGUUGGUAGGGGUGUUAAACCGCGUAGAAAAUAUCUUAAGAACGUUAGUCCCUCAGCGGAGGCAAUUGGGGGAUUGGCAAACGGCAAAAAAUGAACUUCUUGUGGUCCGAUUUCACACGAUUUGGCACUUUAGCUGAGCAUUUUUUGGCAUUUACAUCGAACAAGGGAUUUAUUCAAUUUAGUUCCCGAUUGAUUAGAGGAAUUUGAAUAAAACCAGAGAUCACUUUUGCCGUUUACCGUACUAGGGAGUAGGAGAACACAAUUCUUUCUGAUAGCAGGGAGCCCAUAGUAAACUUCAAGGUUGUGUUAUAGUUGUUUUAACAUCUUGCCAUUAACUGUUCCGGCUCAUCAGGUGAAUUCGUCAAAAAAAGAACUUGAUCAUCUUCAUGGUAAUGUCAGUGAGUACCAGACAAAGAUAGAUCAGUUAAAAAGCCAGGUAGGGUCAUAGCUAGAGCUCAUUAGCCCAGAUAAAUUUAUAUUAGAGUUUAGAAAGGCACCGCGCGUGACCAAGAAUCACGCCAGGAAACACGAAAAUUCCUCGUGCGUUUUCGCCUUGAUACGCACCUCCUGAGCGGUAAAAACUCUUAUGCCAUACUUCUCACCUCAGUAGAGGAUAUUAUUUGUGACUCUUUGUCUGCUCGUUUGCGCAGUUUAUCGUGAAAUGUCCCCCUUUAGCAUGUGUAGGGUAAAGAAUUAAUGAGAUAGCUGGCAAUAGUUUCGUGGAAGUUCACGUGACAUUUUAGGACUAACGAAAGAGAAAGGAACACAUUUUUUACAAGACAACGACGGAACAUUAAUUAUGUUUCAUCCAGAUGAAUGAUAUUUUCUUCUCGCCAUGGCGGAUAAAACAAAAGGUUUUACUAGAUUAAAGCACCUCAUUAAAAAAAAUAUGCUAAUUGUACUUUCUGUUUCACUCACAAUUUUUUUCUUCACGACAAAUUCCUUUUUGUGUCUAACAACAGCACAAAGCUAACAAAAGCGAGAUAAGAAAACUCCAGGCCUUGACUGCAGAAUAUGAGAGCAUGCUGGGCGAGUACAAGAAUCAGGUAGAUAGGGAAUGAUAAGGAAUCCCAGGUUAAGUUUGUAUGAAAAUAGUAUUGAAUAGCGCGUAUAACAGCGGAAACGGGGUACUCUGCUAGGAAUGUAUCUAGGAAUGUAGAUGGCUACCAGUAAGUUGUCAGGAAAACUUUACUAUACUUCCACUGGCUUCAGGUUACGGAUAUGGAGUCAAAUUCCGACAGUAAAAGUGCAGGAGGCGGUUAAGGCAAAACUUUUAAUGAUGACCUAUCUAUGUCAGGUAGUGACUGCGCAGAUCAACCAGGGAACUUACACAGAUUUUAUUCGCUUUCCUGAUAGACAGUUACUUACGAAGCAGAAAUAAAUGAUUUAAAAGCCAGCUUCAAACAGACCAGUUUUCUGUUGGACGAUCACCGAGCCAGGGUAGGACAAGCAGUGACACAGUAGUCGAAAUUUAGUCUACGUUAAUCUAUGUUUUCUGAGUCUAUCUCUAAGUACUGAGCUUUAAUUAGAUUGAGCCAAUUGCCUUGAAAAUGUUCGCGGUAAACGAAGGAGUAUCUACUUAAAACUCAGGACACUUUUCAUUUUCUACGCCAUUACGGACAAAACAGAAUCAGCUGGUUCACCAUCAAACACUGAUCUUACACUGAAUUCUUUUCCUGAGUUUAUAUGCAUUGAAUGAAUUGCACUAAGGAGAAUUUUGAUGCUUAUGAAGAUUAUGCUAUCCUAAUACAGUGUACCUCUGACCUGAAUGAAAUAAAUCAACUGAGAACAGUCAUUAAAGAAUAUGAAGAGCUUGUUGGGGAGUACAAAGUGCAGGUAGAGUAGAAAGGAAGAUAGUAAACAGCUUCCUAAAGAUAGUUUUGAGGUAGAAAACGCUGUCAGUGUUUCAGCAGUGAGAGUAGAUAAGAGUGUCCAGCCACUUCUCCUUUUCUUGUGUAAUCUUUUUCUCUCUAAACCAAAUGACAUGUUAGGCUUUGACUUUCUUCUGCGAUCCACAUCGGUUUGCUACAAGAGCUGUGACUACCGUUCAGUUGGUUCCUUUCAUCUCUGGACAAACGGUUUCCUCUUUGGAUCGCAAAAGGAACUUAUUGGAUCUUCACGGAUUGAGUGAUUUUCUUCGUUCGACACUCGUGACGAUUCAUUUUUUAGGAUAUCUUUUUUUGUCCCCGAUGUGCUUGCCUGAAUGUUUUAUAAACUAAGUUUUAGUGUAUAGAAUGAGGUGUUUUUGAAAUGAAAUUUUAUACUUGAAAAAUAAAAUGAGGAAAAUCAGCAGCCAUUUUGUUUGAGUCACCUCAAUCAAUCUCGUCUCAAAAUCUCCUGCGGCUACAGAGCUCAAGUAUAAUCUGGGUACGAGUUUAACCAGCAUAAUCUGCCUUAAUCCGUGACUAAAAUCAAAUUUCUUUCUCUUUUAACCUUUCAUCAACAGAUUGACAAAUAUCGGAGAGAAGCCGAAGACUCGAAGAACAGAUUGUAUGAAUACGAGGCUGAAGCACAGAAAAUGCAUCAGGAAAGUGCACUGGAAAAUGAGAAGGUAAUACAAAUAAGACCGCUGUACAAGUCAGUGACGUAGAACCUCCCCCAAAUUCUUAACAACGUCUAAUCAGAACACAGGAACACAGAGAAUAUAUAACAUAGCGGGAAACCAACGAGAAAGAAAAGCGAAAACAUGGUAACAACUUCAAGCGCGGGAAAAUGUAAUUGAACUAGUAGUGAUUGGUUUAAAUUUUGGAUCUUAUUGGUUCUUAAGCUAGCGCGGGUUUCCUUAACAAAUCAUUGACCAUGGUUAAGCAAAAGCGAUGCAAUCCCGAAUUAUUUCCAACAGUCAAGUGAAGAUUAAGAUAAGUCUGAAUCUAAGCCCCCCUAGCGGAACUUAUCUCAAUAGUUUUGGUUUACUUUGAAAAAUGAAGAAUCUUACCCAAAGUCAACCUGGCAGGGCUGGAGUCCGUACCGCUCGGUCUUGAGUCCAGCAUGAUCUUUAGUCCUUUAGAACAAGUUUUUGAGCUGAUCGAGACAGGUGAAGGAAGAUGAAACGAUUUAACCCGUUAAUCUUUUCUUUUAUGAAGGUUAAAAUUAAAAUGCAGAAGAGGCUUUCUGAGCUGGAACCACUCGCGGACCUGCUUAAGGUAACAACUGUGAACAAUUGAGAGAUGAUUUUUCUCUCAAGAGAUACAAUUUGUUCCAGUUUUAAACUGAUAACCAACUUUAUCCGUAGUCCUCAGACGCCCGUUUGCAGGAUUCUCAAGAGAGGAUUUUGGCUUACGAAAGGAGAUCGAACGAACACGCAAAACUCAUAUCUGAACUGACACAGAAGGUGAGAAGAACGAGAACGUGCUUAGCAGCCUUAGUGGCCUUCAGGUGUGCGAUCCUCUAUGGUCAGCGCUCGGCUCGUAUUGUUGCCUCAGUCUUUACUUUUUUCCUCUUUUUUUAAUAAGAAUUUUUGCAAAAUAUGCCUGUGGUGUAAAUGAAAUGUUGAAUGGGUUAUGAAGUCUUAUUUUCGAAAUGAGAAAUAUUUUAAAUGACCUUAAAUCUUAUAUAUCAACCCAUGUCUUAAACUGGUGAGUAGAUGUCGUUUUAACAGUCAGGGCUGUUUGCUUUAGUAGAAAAAUAUGCUCGCCAUAAAAAACGCUCUCCAUGAAAGGGGUUUCUGUAUCUCGGUAUUUUAUAUAAUGCUUUUAUUUCCUCUUUAAAGGUGGAAACGCAAACAGAUCAAUUAGAACAUCUGCGCGAGAAAUUGAGGAUGGCACAGGAUGAGACAAGAAGCAUGCAAGCCAAGCACGAAGUCUUAGAAAGGUUUGUGGAGACUCGACCAUAGCCUGUGAAAUAGUAGAGUUGUUGUCUCACAACGAAUGCAAGAAAAUUAAACAUCUUGUCCUGUUUUUCAGCUCGUUGUAUAAUGAUUGAUUAAAACAACAGUAUUUGAUCCGUCUUGGGUAAACGAUUGAUCUUUUUCUACAGGAAAUUAGCCGAUUCUGAUCAACAAAACAGAGAACUUAUCGGAGUCAUCAGCAAGAAAGAGGAAUCUUUGUAUCAGUCACAGGUUGGUGCCACCUUUUGAAUCAUUGUCUUAUUCAUCUCCGAGAUGAACCAGACGAUGAUUCGACAAAUACAGGUCGCUUGAUUAUAGUCCUCAACUGAUUAUUUUACAUACUAACUUAUCUACCAAAGAGCGCAGUAAGUUUUAAGUCUCGCGUGUAAUUCCUGAUAUUUCACCUUAGAGAUUUUCAUCCCCUCUCAGAGAUUUUCUCAGUAUUCAGAUUUAAAAUUUACAAUAGGAUAAAAUUACAACAUAACGUAAACAAAGAAGUGGGUAAUGUAGUGGGCUUUCUGAAAUGACGCGCUAGAGGCAGUUAUCUCCAUCGCUUACGCACGUGCGGUGUGUGAAGUGCUGUCAGUAUAGUGAUUGUCUGUUUGUGUGGUUUUAUCUGAAAGCAAAGACAAGAGGACCUCCGAGCGGAAAAUAUUCGACUAAACCAGCAGCUAGAGUCGUCUGUUCUAGACGCCAGAAGACAGGUGGAUAGUCAAAAGGAGAAGGCUCUUGUCAAGGUUGGUUGGGUGGGGAGGGUGGGGAUCUUGUAGACAAUAAAAAUCCACUGAACUCCUCUAAUUCCAACACUCGAAACAAUUGAAGAGAUUCUAAAUCCAGUUCAAAAGUUGCAUAAUGGCCUCAGCAGGUUUCAAUUUCUAAAUGAAGUUUCAUUAUUUUAAUUUUGACAGGAGCGUGCUGCGCAUGCACGUAUCUCAGAUUUGGAAGCUCAGCUGAGCCGAGCGACCGUGUCCAUGGCAGAGCUUAAGAGAAGUAAAGAUGAGGUAUCCAAGCACUAUUUUUAAUGGUUCCAUGUGUAUUCAUGGAGAAGACGUACUAAUUCUAAUUUCUGCAGAAACUUCAACAGCAACAAAAAAAAAAUUGAUUUGUACUUUAACUUGCACUUUAGAACCAUUCACGCGUGCGCGUGCGUGACGCGAAGUAGUCUUCCUAUAUCCAGCUUACUAGACUAGUUUGCAUGUUCUCUUAUAUCAUAGCUAACCCAUUGUUUUUUGUUUGUUUGUUUGUUGUAAAUUCAGACUGAGAGGCGUUACAACUCCAAACUGUUUGACAUGAGGGAUCGGCUUGAACAAGCCAACAGCACAACACGGAGUAUGCAGAAUUACGUCUCCUUCCUAAAAUCAUCAUACUCUAAUGUAUUUGAUGAACUUGAAUCACCAAGAUGACCUACAUAUCGUUAGCUACCUUAAAAUAUUUCCUUAGUAAGACUUACUUUUAAUCAAAAAUAAUUUUUUAAACAUCAAAACACACCUAACGCUUUUUACUCGCCUUCCUAAAAUUCGCUUUGUUAUCUGUAUAUAUUGCUGAUUACACCUGGAAAACAUCUAAACUUAACUUUUUGUCUCUAAAUUCAGCAUUUUAACUUGGUCAUUUCUAUUUACAUUUUAGUAAAUAUUUAUUAUGACUUUUAUACACACCCAAACAUCCCCUAUAUAAGAACGGAUGUAAACAUUUUAUAUUGUUUUGCAUUUGUAUAAAAGUUAUGUCCCGUCGAGAAAGGUCUAGGGCAAGAAAUAUGUAUCUUUUAUUUUGGUCCAUUUUUUUAUUCAAACAAGCCUAUGUUUUAAAUAUUCUUCUUGUCGAUAUUAAAGGGGGUUUUUAUUACUGAAUGUUCCUGCACUUAAUGUCCCAUAUGAAAGACACAAUACUGACAACCCUUGCGUUUACAUUACGCCGGAUUUUUUUAGAAACGUAGCGUUAUUUCAAUGGUUAUGCCAACGUACUGUACACGCUAAUUCGAAUGAACUCUCCCAUGAAACAAGACUUUUCGAUAACGCUUUUCAAAGUGAAUGAAUUUAAAACGCGGGCUUUAGACAUAACAAAGUCGUGGAAAUAAAACUUUUCGAAAAAGCUGACGCACCUGCUCUCUUGUCUUUUUUUAUUUUUUUUUCGGCGUAAUGCACACGCUUCAGGGUACAUUUAAGCGUUCGUGUCACCAGUAAUCGUAGUGUGAACACACAAUAUUAAAUCUGUUAACCAGUCUGGACGAACAGCAAGUGCUGCGUUUUCAGGUUGAAGACGCCCUUUUCAUGUUUAUCCGGCUUAGUGUGAACGGGAUCAUGGGAAUCGCUUUCCUCUUUAAAAAUAUAAACCCAAGUACCUGACAACUGGAAAAAUGGUAGUCACGAGUGUAAAAACGUUAAUUAGGGACUGUCAGCGUAUAGUUUUCAUAUGGAACAUGCAGAUAGAAAAGGAAUAAAAUGGGUAUAACUGACCUACGGCUCAUAGGCUUCUUGAAAAGGGC